CAAUCAUUUCUUCUUCUUCACUUUGUUUCUUCAUGGCCGUUUCUCACCGUCUAUUUAGGCCGGCGACGGCGACGGUGAAGAAUACUAUUUCUUCUUUCUUCAUUAGGUCUAUUUCUUCUUCCUCUUCUUCUUCUUCGUCUGGGCCUUCGCUGGACCCCAAAAUCGAUCUCGAGGAGGCUGCGGCACAGCUCGAGAAGUCUUCGUCUUCGUCUUCGUCUUCGUCUCCGUCUCCAUACAAAGGGAGAAAUUUCCACUGGGUGUUUCUUGGAUGUCCCGGUGUUGGUAAAGGAACCUAUGCAUCUCGUCUCUCUUCUCUACUCGGCGUUCCUCAUAUUGCCACUGGUGAUCUCGUUCGUGAUGAGCUCUCCUCUUCUGGUCUCCUCUCCUCUCAGCUAAAGGAGCUUGUUAACCACGGGAAAUUGGUUCCUGACGAAUUCAUCAUUAGUUUGUUAUCAAAGCGACUUGAAGCUGGCAAAGAGAAGGGUGAAGCUGGAUACAUUCUUGAUGGUUUUCCACGAACCGUCACACAGGCGGAAAUUCUGGAGGGAGUGACUAAUAUCGAUCUGGUGAUAAAUUUGAAGCUUCGGGAAGAGGCAUUACUUGCCAAAUGUCUAGGAAGAAGAAUUUGCAGCGAGUGUGGUGCAAACUAUAAUGUUGCGUGCAUUGAUAUCAAAGGUGAUAAUGAUGAUAGUCCCAGAAUGUAUAUGCCUCCACUUCUUCCUCCGCCAAGCUGUGAAUCAAAGCUCAUAAGCCGAGCUGAUGACACCGAAGAAGUCGUCAAGGAAAGACUCAGGAUUUACAACAAAAUGACCCAACCAGUGGAGGAAUUCUACAGGAAGCGUGGGAAGCUGUUGGAAUUUGAAUUACCAGGUGGAAUCCCGGAGUCAUGGCCAAGGCUCCUCAGAGCGUUAAACCUUGAAAACGAUAAACAGUCUGCAAUAGCCUAAUCCCUCGUUAUCUCUCUCUGUAUUUUAUGAUUGAAUCAACAUCUUGUACUACAUUCUUUGCUCGAGCAAUCUUCCUCGUGCAUAUAUGCUAAAGAUAGUCAAUAAAGGAGAUACAUGUCCCACUA